UAAUGACGACACCUAAACACAAAACAUGGCGCCGUCCAGGUCGGGCGAACUAUUGGCAAGAGUAAACUUUCCUUUAUAUUCGUUAAAUGUGCUCACAGAAAGACACAUCAUUGUGGCUGGCGGCGGCGGAAGCUCAAAAACAGGAAUACAAAACAAAAUUGAAGUGUAUGAACUCGUGCCAAGUGGUCAUUCGUGCCGCGCAGAGCCAGUUACCAGGCAUCUCACCGGCAACAGGGCCAUCAUGAACUCCACUGUGUUCUUUCACAAGGGGAAGAAGCACUUUGCAUUAGCAGCAGGCACGGACGAGCACUGUCAGAUCUACCAAAUGAAAUAUUGCCUUCGGGACGAAAUCGCUGAAGACGACAACGUUCAUCACGAAGAAAAUGGGAUUGAGAAGAACGGACCCACUGGCAUCCGUCGAAGACGAAAGACUACAUCUACGUCAUCCGACAGGGGCGACGGGGAAGUCAUGAAUGGCAUCACGCCAAAAGAGGGCGCUGAGAGCCAGAGGAGGAGCUCGUACCCAAAGACUACAGACUCAAACGCGAAUAGCGUGCGCAUCGGGUUUUCCAUUCAGCCCGUGACGAGCUUCCAGACGGACUUUAGUCCGAAGGACGAGCCGUUCCAGAAAGUGGUCCGGUUUGCUCCAAGCAUUGAAGUUCUCUUCACGGGCGGUGCAGACGGAUAUCUUCGUGCCUGGAAGUACCCAGACUUCACAAUGCAGUAUGAAGUGAAGGCUCAUGAAGAUGAAUUGGAUGAUCUCUGUAUCAAUCCACUUGAGAAUAAGGUUGUGACGGUGUCACGUGAUGGGCAUGGCUACGUGUGGGACACCAGUGACGGUAGCCUGGUGUCGGAGCUCACCUGCAACUUUCCGAGCAAGAGUGCGGAGAAAUACGUAUUCAGGGCAUGCAGGUUUGGCGUAGUGGAAGGCAAGAGGGAAAACCACCGACUCUUCACAAUCUCAAACCCGGCCGUCCGUAAGCAGCACCCUCCGCACACGUACCUGGUCAAGUGGGACACGCGGAAAUUUCUCCCCGAGAAGCUCCAGAGCACCGGCACGGAUAUGCUCUCUUCCCUGGCCAUCAGUGAGGACGGGCGCUUUGUGGGAGUCGGCAAGAUAUCCGGCACAGUCGAGGUGUACAUUGCUUUCAGUCUCCAGCGCCUGUACAGAGCAGAGUGUGCCCAUAACAUCUUUGUGACAGGACUGGAGUUUCUCAAGUCCUGUGACGAAACCAGACGCCUGACGGGCAACCAUGAUGCAUCGCUUAUCAGUAUCUCUGUCGAUAACCACAUCGUUGCACAUCACAUUCCAUUUCCAGCUACCAUGGGACUUAUGGGGCUUGUCCUGAUGUUUAUAGGGGUGCUUUUCCUAGUCUACAUCCUCAUGGAUUUUCUUGGCUUAUGAACAGUAUUUAUUGCGACAGACCGCAGAAACCCGCAAGUGUGAAACACAGAUCUCUCUCUAGAUAGAGCUAGAUCUAUUCCUUCCUACAGCACCGAGGCAGAGUUUCCAGAUAUAACAACGCAACCUUGUCAAAAUUCUGAUAGGAGUUGUGGCACGUGGCACAUGCGAGAUAGUUGUUGAUUUUGAACAUAAUGUAAAUUAUUGACCCAUUGGUUAUUGAGACUGUUGCUUUGUGUGUAAUAAAUUGUUUCAAUUGGCUCUGUACUCUUGUACAGCUCUUUGCA